AUGAUCACCAUCCGCCGCCGCCCUGCGAGGCUACCAAUUUACCUGGGCAUUGCCCUCACCCUGCUCUUUCUGUGGCAGACCGGCCUCCCAGCUGGCUGGAGCGCCCGCGAGCUCUCCUUCAAUGGCAUCCGCUACCGUAAGUCGAGCUACGACUGGGGCAGCCUGAACCUCGAAUACCCUCUCGAGAAGCCCCUCCGCACGCUCCCGAAGGGCAAACCCGUCGACCUCCCUCCCGUUCAGUACGCCUUCGGCACCAGCGGGAAGAAGUCCAACAAAAAGAACAAGAAGUUUUCACAUGACGAGGACCGCGACCGCGAACACGAGAAACAGAUCGAAUCCCGCCGUGCCGCCGUGGUGAAUGCUUUCAGACGCAGUUGGGACAGCUACAAGCAGCAUGCGUGGACCUGGGACGAGUUGACACCCGUCACGGGCGCUGGAAAGAACACCUUUGGCGGUUGGGCAGCGAGCAUGGUCGAUGGCCUUGACUCCCUUUGGAUCAUGGGGAUGCACGACGAGUUCCGUCGGGCGGUCCGCACCGUCGCUCUCAUCGACUGGUCUAACACGACCGAGUCUGCCGCCAACAUGUUUGAGACUACCAUCCGACAUCUAGGAGGGCUCAUCAGCGCCUACGACCUCAGCAGCGAGCCCGCCUUGCUGGCCAAGGCUAUCGAGCUUGGCGACAUGUUAUACAUGGGCUUCGACACGCCUAAUCGCAUGCCGCCGUUUUGGUUUAAGUUCUCUGAUGCAAAGUACGGCACCCAAAAGGUUGGCGAGCGCGAGUCCUCUGCUGCGGGAUGCUCACUAUCAAUGGAGUUCACCCGGUUGUCGCAGAUCACCGGUGACCCGAAGUACUAUGAUGCCACGGAGCGCGUGAAGGAGUUCUUGGUGAAAACGCAGCCCGACACGAAGCUACCCGGCAUGUGGCCAAUGUUUAUGAACUAUCGCGAGGAGAAGGCGGACGAGUCUUCCUUCACCAUCGGCGCUCAGGCCGACUCGCUGUACGAGUACCUACCAAAGAUGCACGCACUGCUGGGUGGUCUCGACAGUGAGUACGAGAAGCUUACGACCUCGUCUUUCGACGUCAUCAACAAACAUAUUCUGUUCCGCCCCAUUCUCCCCAACAAGACCGACAUCCUGAUUCCAGGCAACGUCUUCGCCCACGGUUCCGCUCACUCGGUGGACCUCACUCCCGAGGCCCAGCACUUGGGUUGCUUCGCUGGCGCCAUGUACGGACUUGCCGGCAAGCUCCUCAGCUCCGACUCCUACGUCAAUAUUGGCGAGCGCAUCUCCCGCGGCUGCGCUUGGGCCUACAAGGUCUUCCCUACGGGCAUCAUGCCGGAGAUUAUGACCCUGCACCCGUGCAACGAACCAGACCACGGCGCCUGCGAGUGGGACGAAAAGGCCUACGGCCGCAGCGACGUGCCCGCCGGCGUCAAGCAAGUCCGCGACGGCCGCUACAUGCUCCGGCCCGAGGCGAUCGAGAGCAUCUUUUACAUGUAUCGCAUCACGGGCGACGAGGAAUGGCGGGACACCGCGUGGGACAUGUUCCAGGCCAUCCAGCGCGCCACCGAGACGCCGCUGGCCUACUCGGCCAUCUCCAACGUCAACGUCCCGUACGCGGAGAUGACGACCAAGACAGACUCCAUGGAGAGCUUCUGGUUCUCCGAGACGCUCAAAUACUUUUACCUCAUCUUCUCACCGCCCGACGUCAUCAGCCUUGACGAUUGGGUGCUGAACACAGAGGCGCACCCCUUCAAGCGGCCCAAGAGGACGCACAAUGUCGAGACGGAGGCCGAGCUGCGGGGGCAGUCGUAA